GGCGGCGGCUUCCGAGGUUUCGGAGAAGGGGACUGGGUGGCCGGCGGGUCCCUGCGGCCUCCACCGACCUUUGUGCAGAGCCCUUCACUCCUCGGGCGGCUGCGGUGGUGAGCACACCCGGGGACGGCGGCCACCGCGGACAGGUUAGCGUGGGGGAAGGGGCGAGCGCCUGAGUAGCCCAUCUCCAGCCCGGGAGUCCGAGCCGGCCCAUCUCCCACCAUGUCCGACGAGGCGUCGGCCACCACUUCCUAUGAGAAGUUUCUAACCCCAGAGGAACCCUUCCCGCUCCUAGGAGCCCCUCGUGGGGUGGGCACCUGCCCCAGCGAGGAAGCCGGCUGCCUGGACAUCAGCGACUUCGGCUGCCAGCUCUCCUCCUGCCAUCGCACGGAUCCGCUCCACCGGUUUCACACCAACAGGUGGAACCUCACUUCUUGUGGGACAAGUGUUGCAAGCUCGGAAUGCAGCGAGGAGCUAUUUUCAUCGGUUUCUGUGGGAGAUCAAGAUGAUUGCUAUUCCCUGUUGGAUGAUCAAGACUUCACUUCUUUUGACCUAUUCCCCGAAGGAAGUGUCUGCAGCGAUGUCUCCUCCUCUAUCAGCACUUACUGGGAUUGGUCAGAUAGUGAAUUUGAGUGGCAGUUACCAGGCAGUGACAUUGCCAGUGGAAGUGAUGUACUUUCUGAUGUCAUACCCAGUAUUCCCAGUUCACCUUGCCUGCUUCCUAAAAAGAAAAACAAGCACCGGAAUCUAGAUGAACUUGCUUGGAGUGCGAUGACAAAUGAUGAGCAGGUGGAAUAUAUUGAGUAUCUGAGCCGUAAAGUCAGUACUGAGAUGGGCCUUCGGGAGCAACUUGAUAUUAUUAAAAUCAUUGAUCCUUCUGCUCAGAUCUCCCCUACUGACAGUGAGUUUAUCAUUGAACUUAACUGUCUCACAGAUGAAAAACUGAAGCAGGUCAGAAACUAUAUCAAGGAGCAUAGCCCUCGGCAGCGGCCUGCAAGGGAGGCCUGGAAGAGAAGCAACUUCAGCUGUGCAAGCACCAGUGGCGUGAGCGGUGCCAGUGCCAGCGCCAGCAGCAGCAGUGCCAGCAUGGUCAGUUCUGCAAGCAGCAGUGGCUCCAGUGUGGGGAACUCGGCUUCAAACUCCAGUGCCAACAUGAGUCGAGCACACAGUGACAGCAACCUGUCGGCAAGUGCGGCAGAGCGGAUUCGGGAUUCAAAAAAACGAUCCAAGCAGCGAAAAUUACAGCAGAAGGCCUUCCGCAAGAGGCAGCUGAAGGAGCAGAGGCAGGCCCGGAAGGAGAGGCUUAGUGGGCUUUUCCUUAAUGAAGAGGUACUGUCCUUGAAAGUGACUGAAGAAGACCACGAAGCAGAUGUUGAUGUUUUGAUGUAAUAGGGUGAAUUUAUCAGCAUUCUUCCUAAGCAUUCUUCUGUCCUCCUUGGUUUACAUGUAUCUUGACCAAAAGUUUGGUUACGGUUGUGCUGAUGUACCAUUCAUAAUUUAGGCCAGUGGUUCUCAGAGGGUAGUCCCAGUACCUGCAGCUUCAGCAUCACCCGAAAAGAUGUUAGAAUUGCAUUUGAACCCCAUCCCAGACCCACAGACAGUGUGGAUUUGGGGCAACACUGUGUUUUAACCAAUGCCAAGUUAUUCUCGUGCACAUUCUGAUUUAAGAACCACUGGUAAAUGUCUUAACUACUUUAACUUUAUGGUGAUUAAGUGGGCUUUUCAAAGACUAGUACAUUUACAGUUUGUUGGAUUUUAAAGUACAAGUAGUUUAUUUUGUCACUAUAUGUGUAGGGUCUGCAAUUCAGUUCCCUUCUUAAUGAUAAGAUUUCUUAGUUUAUUUUUUUUUCAAGAGGGCCAUAGUAUAAUUAUGAGUUCCUAGGGGCGAAUCUUUUUUGAGGUGAGGGUGCGCAUAAGGUAUGCAUUGCUGUUUACAAUAGUGCCUUCAUUAGGUUUAGUUCCAUUUCCAUUAAGUGUUAAUGCAAAGGUAUAAGAAAAGGCCCUAAUCUUUUCCAAUCAAAUGUGUUUUUUGUUUUUCCAUACUUUAUGUCAAGUGAGAAUUAUUUCUGCAAGUAAUAACUACUGAGAAAAUAAUGCUACACUAGCGAAAUUUUAGACUUAAUGCUGUGUUGAUUAAUUUUCAAAUGAAGACUCUGAUUAAGCAAUGAUACCAAUCAAACUUUCCCAUUUCAUCCUUACAUUUUAGGCUGUCAGAUAAUCUCUAAACUCAAUAAUUUAUCUGUUUUUCUCUAUCAAAAUUGUUUUAUGCAGCACAUCUCCAAUUUUUUAUAUUUGGUUUAACAGCUUACAGGCAUGUGAACAGGUUAAUGUUAAAAAUUGACUGAUAGACCACUUAGAGUUCUACCAAACUUCAGAAACUGCUGUGAGUCUGCAAAGCCGUGGAGUAUAGAAAAUACCUUUGUGGAUUCCUAAUAGGAUUCUAAGUCUAAAUGUGAAAUCAUGGAGGUUCUUUAAUGUUUUCAAAGAAUUCAUUAUCAUGAACUUAGAAAUAGUCUGACUCCUUUUCUUCUUCUAUAAGUCUUUGAGCAUUUUACACAGGCUAGAGAAGAUAGAAACCGAGACUACUGACAAUCAAUUUGCUUUCUGAUUUUCAUUUCUACUAUAGCA